AUGGUCGUCAAGAUGCGUCUUGCGCGCUUCGGCCGCCGUAACCAGCCCUUUUACAACAUCGUGGUGACCCAGGCACGAACCGCACGCGACAGCCGACCUCUCGAGGUCAUUGGCACCUACGACCCGAUCCCCAAGGGCGAUUCGUACGACACGUCCGGCAAGCUGCACAAGGACAUCAAGCUAGACAAGAGGAGAGCACAGUACUGGGUCGGCGUGGGCGCGCAACCGACCGAGACGGUCUGGCGGUUAUUGUCAAUGAUCGGGAUACUGCAGCCGAAAGUCAAUCCGCCUCUCCCGAAGCAACGAGCUGUCCCCAAGUGGACAGGCUUGUUCGACACGAAAAAGGCCCCGGCGUCCAAGAAGCCGAACGCACCCCCGCCGCAACCGAACUGA